CCGCCGCCGCCAUCUUUGUUGUGGGCAAGCGGGCCUUCCCGGGAGUCCCGGCUGGGGUCGGGCCGGGCCGUGCCGGGAUGCCCAAGUCGUGCGCGGCGCGGCAGUGCUGUAACCGCUACAGCAGCCGCAGGAAGCAGCUCACCUUCCACCGCUUCCCUCUCAGCCGUCCCGAGCUGCUCCGGGAGUGGGUGCACAACAUGGGCCGCGGUAACUUCCAGCCCAAGCAGCACACGGUCCUCUGCUCUGAGCACUUUCGGCCCGAGUGCUUCAGCGCCUUCAGGAACCGCAAGAACCUGACCCACAACGCGGUGCCCACCGAGUUCGCCUUCCAGCACCCUGCCCCGGUGAGCCGCCCGGAACCGGGGGAAGUCACCUGUGCUGGGAGGGUCGGGUCACAGCUGGCAAGGGAGAGUGCAGAGCGAACCAGCCAGGGCAGGAAGGCCACCCCUGAGGAGGGGCAGGUACUGCCAAUGAACCCUGAGGCCCCUGCACCCCGCCGCGGCCCACCACCACCACCACCGCCACCACCACCCUGCGAUCACAGCUACGCACUCCGGGACCUGGACACCCUCAAGGACAAACUCUUGGUGGCGCUGAAGGAGAAUGAGAAGCUGCGUAGGCGUGUGAGGGCCCAGAGGCUGGUACUGCGGAGGCUGAGCCGGCGUCUCCGGGCACAUGCACGGAGCCAAGCCAUGGGGGCAGGGUCCGAACCCGCCUCGACCCCUGGGGAACCCCCAAGUUGUGCAGAAAGCACCCCUGAGCAGAUCACCGCCCCGCAGUGAGGCUGCUGGGCCUGAGACCUAACAGAGCACCUGCCCUCCCCUUCUCACCCACCCACCCACCCUCGAGGGUCCCCCAAGAGGCCAGUUUGUGUGAACAGGCAGGCCCUGGGGUUCCUGGCGGUAUUGGGGACAU